UUGCCCUUUCGUAGACUUCAUUCUCAUUUUGACGUAUCAACGAGACUACUUCGUCUCAAGUACAAUGUUGUUGCGGAACGAUUACAACCGAGAUUCUCUCGUGCCAGUGUUUUUGCUUCAAAACAAUCCGCUGGGUCUGUGAAGGAGGUCGAAAUAUUUGCGCGGUCCGAUGUCGACCAAAUACCUAUCAAUAUAAAGGAUGUUGUUUCAGCACCAACUUGUAGGAUUACACCAGUUACGGAUUACGCAUUCGGCAAUCAGGGUAAAAUGCUUCGCCCCCUUUUAGUCCUUUUGAUGGCCGCUUGUGCGAAUGGUCAUAAUAAUUAUUCGUUGAUCAAGUCAUCCAAUCAAAUUUCCAGGAUCGCGUUUCCUGGGAGGCAUUUAGGCAAGUUCUUUGUUAUGAAUAGGGUUACUGAUGCACAGCACGCUGUCGCGGUCAUUGCGGAAAUGAUUCAUACAGCUAGUUUGUUACAUGAUGAUCUUAUUGAUAAAGCUGAGAAGCGUAGAGGAAAGCUUGCGGCAUAUCGGAAAUUUGGCUGUAAAAGGACUGUUCUUAUUGGGAACAUCGUUCUAUUGAAGGCAUCUGAACUUCUCGCAAAGAUUGAAAAUGCCGAGGUUGUUUCGAUCCUCUCCAAUUAUUUUUUCUGCGCUUACCAUUCAGGCGAAUUCAUGCAGCUGGCGUCAAGUUCUGACGAAAAUCAACGUUUUCGCAUGUAUCUUGAGAAGACUUAUAAGAAGACGGCAAGCUUGAUGGCUAAUUGUUGCAAAGCUGUAGGUCAAUUUUCAUCUUUCUUUUCAGAUUCCCUGUUUUCCCUCUAUAUGGUGCCAGUUACGAUCCUUUCAGAAGUUGACGAUGUCAUGAUAGAAGCUGCGUACUCAUUUGGUCGACAUUUGGGUAUGGCGUUCCAGCUGUUGGAUGACGUUUUGGAUUUCGUGGGACAAGAGACGAAACUUGGAAAACCGGCGGGUGGCUCUGAUUUGCGGUUAGGCCUGGCAACUGGGCCGGUGCUUUUUGCCGCUCAACAGUUUCCUGAACUUGAAAUGAUGUUAGAAGCCAAACUCACUUCGGCUGAUGACCAGAAAAAGGCCUUCGAGUUCGUUCGCGAUUCCAACGGGAUCGGUCAAACUCGAAUGUUGGCUGAAUUUCACUUCCAGGAAGCCCAGCGCCAAUUAAGUCAUUUUAAAGCCACUGACGCCCGUGAGUGUCUUCUCCAGGUAGCGGCAACAACGCUUCAACGGAGUUUUUAG